UCUUGAGUUUAUCUUUACCGAGAACAUCAUUAUCGUCAACGAUCGAUUCUGGCCAAUCUAGAAAAAGUUGGUAAGUGACAGACAUUGAUUUGAACCAAUGAUAGUCGACUCCACAUUGUCCAACCAGCAGAAAGGAAACGACCUGCGCGCGGAAGAGGAAAGUCCACUGAAACAAAUCCGACUACCGAGGGGUAGACUGAUCAUGCAUCACGUCAAGAUCAAGACUGAGAAGCCAGAUGCAGAGGGGAGUGGUGCACGCAGCCGACUAGAUGCAGUGUUACAGGGGCUGGUAGAGAAGAGUGACAGUGAGAGGGAGCAAAAUGAAGAUGAGACAAAGAUGGCAGAAGAGUCUCUGAGCAAGGAUGUGUCUCCAUCUUCUGCUGGGAAGCGCCCAUCAUCACGAUUCCCACAGCACCGGAGGAAGAAACGGAAAGAGAUGGAUGAUAGCUUAACGGAGAGUAACCAACAUAAACAAAAUGCCUACAUUAUCAAGUUGUUUGACCGCAGUGUGGACCUGGCCCAGUACACCACCAGUACCCCACUUUACCCCAUUUGCCGGGCCUGGAUGAGGAACAACCCGGCAGUCAGAGAGAGAGCUGCAUCCCCAAGCCCCCCACACAGCAUGGGGGAAGAGGAGGCUGCAGAUAUGCUCAAUGGAAAGGGACAGAAUGUGUAUCGCCUCCCUCCGCCCACCUCCUGUCCUCUCAACCCUUCUGGAGAUCCUGUCAAUCUGAGGAUCCCAUCCACAGAAAAGCCUAUUGUCAGCAAGUCUACAGAUACAGCUCUUGUGUCUGGUCCCCUCAUAUACAACCACAUAGAACGCUGGAAAAAGAUCAGGCAAAAAUGGAAAGAAGCGUCCAAUAAGAAUCAGCUGAGGUAUAGCGAGAGCAUCAAGAUCCUGAAAGAGAUGAAGGAGAUGUACGACCGCUAGCUGGGAAUCCCCCAGGCAGUAUCCCACAGCAGAGGGAGGAGAAAAGAAUAGAGCAGGUAGGAGCCACAAGCAAGUGAUCUACCCCAGGACGCUGCACUAGUCCUCUCCCCAAGGAGGACACUACGUGUGACGAUGUCAGAGGAGCCUCAUGGAGCCCAUGUCUACCAUAUACUGCCACAAUUAGGGACCCAAAGUCCUCGUUUUGAAAAAUGUAGCAAUACUUUCAGUAAGUUGAUGCUUCUGGUGGGCCCAAGUUCAUCUGUUUAAAUAAUUAUUACAUGUUUUUUGUCAUAUUACAGAAUAUCUGGUAAUGCAUUAUAUAGUCUGUUGUCAAUCACAACAAUGUGUCAUGAAAAGUUUGUAAACAGGUUGAGUAGUGUGCAACAUUUGUCUAAAUUCCGGAAUACUCUAAAUUAAUUCCAGGCUUCCAGUGGUAAAUAUUUGUGUUUUAGGAUCACCAGUUUCCCAGACAAGCAGUGCUCUUAUGAAUCUUUUUUGUUUAAACAUUCAAAAGAAAAGUCUCUCACACAUCUAAAAUUUGAAGUAAACUGUAAAAAAAAAAAAAAAAAGUUGUAAAGAGCUAUUGUAAUUUAUUCAUCGCUAUAAUAUAUCUGCCAGUGCUGUUUUUACAAUUGAUUGAUUUCUGAAAUGUAAUUUCUCCACAAAUGAUUUCUCCACAGCAGUUAUUUUGGGAGAGGGUUUUUCAGAAGGAUCUUGUCAUCUGCAGGUCAGAAACACAGUCCACAUGGAAGAAAUAGGUCCAAGAUAUCUAUCACAUACAGGCAAUAAAUGUUCUGUUUGUUUUGGAUCACAAAAGGAAUGUUGUCUGAAGUAAACAUUUGUAAGUGUUUUUCUUUGGUCAGAUUUCAAAGAGUCCUUUCAGGAGUCAACUCUUGUAUUAGCUACAAGCAAAAUAUAAACAAAUACAUUAAUAAAUGACCUUAAGAGGUUUUUUGUUA